CGUUCUAUCUCAUUCCAUUUACCGCCAAGACUAGUUUACCUUCACAGUGUGUGUUGUGAUUCUUAACGUGCUGUUCGCGGGUAUACCUUCGAAUAUGCUACUAAAUAUACUGGUACUCACGGCUUGCGUGGCUCUCACCAGCUGCGAUGUAUCCCACAUCAUAGAAGAGACGACAACGCUACCACCACCCCCGAGGCCGUACGCGUUUUCGUAUACUGCUGGUCGGUAUCCUGGACAUACUGACCGGCAGCACGCGGAGGUUAGCGAUGGUAGUGGAGUUGUUAGAGGCACCUUUUCCUACGUGGACCCUCGUCAGAAGGUCCGUACGGUGGACUAUAUAGCGGACAGGGAGGGCUUCCACCCAGUACUGAGUGACCCUCUGCCUGAACACCCCAGGGACUCGGAGUCUGUAGCUCAGGCUAAGGAUAAGCACUUUGCUUUGUAUGCCCAGAUCGCGGAGGACCACGCUCACCACCCGCAUCCUGAUGAAGCAUCAUUCCCCCGCCAAUCAGAGGCCGUCGCAGCAGCAGCGGCUAAACACGCGCAACUUUUCCGAGUAAUCGCCGAACAACAUGCAAGAAUCGCGGCUGAAAGAGAAGCAUUACAACGGGAAGAGGAAGAGAAACAACACUUACAGGACUUGUCACAAUAAAGAGUUACUAUAUGAUGGCUUAUGACUCGACUAUAAACCAAAAACUAUCCUAUUGUAUAGCUAACUACAUUCUGAUGGUUUUUGACGUACUAAAAACUACUCAUGAUCUUCUUUAAAAAGUGUCCGAUAGCGUUUGACCAACAACUAAACUCAUAAAACGUCGGAACCAACCGAACGACGUUGCAUAAGCUUUCAUUCGAAUUGAAACCUCAAAAUCAUAGCAGUAAAGUUCAAAGUCACGAAAUAGGUUUUAAAGUAAAUGUUUAUUUUUACAUUCAAAUUAACACCUUAUUUUCUGCCAGUAAAGUUUAAACUAUUGAAUAUGCUUGUUCAAAACUACUUAGGCAGAGUAAUGCUUCAGACAAUUUUUAAGCGUGAUUGUGAGUCUAGUUGUACUCUUUGACCCAUGUUUUGUAUUUUCAAAGUGAACAAAUCUUUCUUUAACUUAGUUUGAAUCUCAGAAACACUAUAGAAAAUAUCCAAUAAUACUAUGUUAGUUAUGUCGUACCCUGUUUUGUGAAAUGUAUGAAAGUUAGAGACGGCCACCCGUAAAUCAAAUUAGUUCUUUCAAAUAAUAUACAAUUUACGACUUUAACCUAUGUAUGUACUUAUAAAGUUUGAUUUUUAACAGUUUUAACAGUCAAAAGGGCCAUCAUAUAGAUAUUUUAGAAUAGUGACAAUACUGACUAGGCAUUUAGGAAACAUUUUGACUCGGCUAACACCAAAUAACACUUGGUCUGAAAAUUUCAUAUUUUUAUUUGAUAAUACAAAUAAAAUAAUUGAGAAUAAAGAGAAAAUAAAACUAAUUGUAUUUAUAUUUUCAACUGCCUUUAAAAAUGUAAUUAACUUUACCUGUAUUUAUGGAUUUCGAUAUUAUUUUUUUAUAAAGUUACCAUUUUUUGUAAUGAUUUUGUAUUUUUAUAUUUUUGUAUGACGCGGACGGCCAUAUUGUGUUACCUGUAAUAAAGUAUUUAAUACUU